AUGGCCAACCCAACCCCAAAUGGCCCAUUCCAGGUAUUAACAGGAAGCAAUCGUGGGCCUCUAAUUACACUAGUAUCGAUUACUUUCCUGAUUGCCGCCAUCAUCUUUGUCCUUGCCAAAAUCGGGUCUGCGAUUUACUUUAAACAGCGGCGGACGGCCCUCAACACGCCCGUAUGGAUUGCUUUGAUCAUUGCCAUUAUUCAAGUUGUCGUUCUGCAAAAAGCCGUCGAUAAUGGACUGGGAAGACACCAGGUCCGACUCAACGGGGAUGCCCUCGAGACAGCGAGCAAGUUUGCAUUCGCUGCGCAAAUACUACUAAUUCUGGUCCUCUCGCUAUCAAAACUGUCAACAAUCCUGCUGGUCUGGAAGUUGACGCCGAACAACAGCCUCCGUCGAACCUGCACCAUCACCGCCGGAGUCAUUCUCGUAUGGACUGUAUUCUCCAUAUUCGCGAUUGCCUUCCAGUGCCAGAUGCCGAAAUCCUGGUUGUAUACGCCAGGGCGUUGCGCUGGAGAGGGUGCGCUGUUCUAUCCGAUCGGGGUGUUGAAUAUCCUUACAGAGCUGAUCCUCGUCGGUCUGCCAUUCGCAAUGAUGCGCAGUGUGCAAAUGGCAUUGAACAAGCGGGUGAAGAUCCUGGGAUCGUUCUCUACACGGCUAUGUGUCGUCGGCCUCGCAGUCGCCCAUGUAGCCCUUCUACCAUCAUUCACGCACUCAACAGACGUCUCAUGGGACAGCGUAAACUGGCAAAUAACCGGGCAAGCGAUGAUGCUAACCUCCAUCAUAAUCGCCUGCGUGCCCACGCUCUACCACAUCUUCGCUGGCCUGCACUCCGGCUUAACAACAACACAGAUUCCCGACGGGGUGGAACUGAGACGGACCAAGACAAGCACAUACAUAAAUCAGACCUCGUCAUCCGGCGGAAGCAAAUCGCGGGGGAGGUCCAGGGAUAGACGGCGUGAAUCGCCUUUUAACCCUGAAGACGGCGCGGUUGUCACGGAGAUUUCGUCCCUACCGAACAGAAACCACAACCGCAGUCGCAAUGGCGAUUAUGGAAGACGGUCGAGUUCGAGUGAUGGAAAUGAGAGUACGAGGCAUUUGACAAUGGAGGGUAAACAGGGGGGUGUGAUGAGGACGGUGGAUAUCACGGUGGAAGUAGAGGACCAUCGGGGUUCUCUCUAG